CAACCGAUACCGCUAAAGUCAGUGGAGCAAUCGGACUGCGAUGGCGGUGGAGGCGAUUUCUCCUGACUGGGAAUUCGAUCGAUUUGACGAUGGGUCUACAAGUAAGUAGCUUUUAGUUAGCUUGUUAACUAUCCGGAUAGAAAAGUAUGAUUUGCUUUCUCGUCAAAUUCGCAUGGACUUGAAGCCAGGCUAAUUAGCUUGAGUGGCUAGCCACUUACGUUAGCUAGUUGUCUGGACCAGCUUCGCUUUGCCUGAGCUGCAAUGUUUUUGUUUUCUUACCAGAAGCUAACGUUAAAGCUCCUGUCAAAUGUCAGAAGUAAGCCAGUUAGCUAGCUAGCUAGCUAGGUAAUUGAUUAUAUUUUGCAGUGGUUGGUUAAUAGUUAUAGCAAAACGUCUUCCUAAUCCUAGUGUUGUUGUUGCACAAUACUGGCCAGCAACAGGCCUGUCUCUUCCUUGGCUUUUUCCUCAACUGGCUGUCAUGUUGAAUUCAUUAUCUAGGUAACCAUUGCCUCACACAGCUAGAUUUUCAGGAAAGUUACUGUGCACUUUUGACCCAUAAAUAAAAAAGCAAUCUCGACCAAUUCUGUUAGCCACGUAGCUAGCUAACAUAGACACAUUAUUGGCCAGGUCGCAGUUGUAAAUGAGAACUUGUUCUCAACUGGCUUACCUGGUUAAAUAAAGGUGAAAUAAAAUAUAAAAAUACAUUCCUCUCACCUGCUCCUCAUCAGCAAACAGUUCAUUCAGAUGAUUGACAGUUGAGUUGACAGGAGGCUACAGUACAGGCAUCACAGUAGUGCUGUAACUUAGAAGCUAGUGCAUCCAAAGUGUAUCCUCUAUCUUCCAGAUUUACAUUGCUGUGCUGCUAAUCUUAUGAUCAUGUUUUGUCUGUUUGUUCCUCCAGAGAUCCACACGGAGGUGCAGCAGAAGAACUAUGGGAAGUUUCUGGAGGAGUACACCUCUCAGCUGAAAGGCAUCGAGGACGCUCUCGAUGACUCCAUAGGAGACGUUUGGGACUUCACCCUGGACCCCAUAGCCCUGAAGGUAUCUCUCCCUCUCUCAUCCUGACAUUCACCCAGGUUAACUUUCCAAAGACAGUUUCCUGCUGGAACUGAAUCUGGGCCAGUUUUCCACUGCUCCUGUUUUGGCUGCAGUCAGUGUCAUGACAUUCGGGAUCAUGUUGACUUAGAAUGGAGCACGAAAAUCACUUAAGUGACCUUCGGUGAUGGUGACCACCAUAAUAGAAUGAAUGGAACAGACAGCUCUAUCGAGAAUCAUAGAGCAUGGAUUUUGAUUGGACUGUCCAUUAUACAUUUUCCAUUAUUCUAUGGGGAUUCUAUGGGGACAUGAAACUAACCAAUUUUUUGAUCCUCUUCCUCUUUCAGCUUCUCCCAUAUGAACAGUCCUCGUUGUUGGAACUGAUUAAAACAGACAACAAGGUAAAUGAAGCCAAGAUAAACUAUCCUCAGACAUUUGAGUUAUGAAACUGUAAUAAUAGUUAAUUAAACCAGAAAUAUAUUUGUUUCAUGUAUGUAAUUAUGUCAGUGAAGUAUUGUAAAUCCCUAGCAGCACGUUGCUAUGAAUUUGCUGGCUGUGAUCCAGGAGAUCAUAAUGAAGUCUUGCAAUUUUACCAAGAAGGGAACGGGACUAAGAUUGCAACUCAAAUGUACAAGUGUGCAGUUGAUAUUCUUUCUGUCUUUGCUCUCCACAGGUUCUGAACAAAGUCAUUACAGUGUACGCAGCCCUCUGCAGUGAGGUUAAAAAGCUGAAGUAUGAGGUAAGAAUGAUGUUUCUUCAUUGAUAAAAGGUCUUGUUCAACUUUAACUGUACACUGUGUGUGUUCUUUGCACAUGCAAAUAUUUCAGGAAGUCUGCUUGGCAGCGAGCCAUUUCAACAGUUUUUGAUGUAUACAACAUACAGUACAGCAUGUGCCUUUGUCUCCCUCUGUAGGGGGAAAACAAGUUCUACAACGGCUUGCUGUACUAUGGUGAAGGAGGUAAUCAUCUGUUAUUUAUGUAGCUGAUUUGAUUCUUAAGCUUAUGUGCACUUAUAAAUCUCUAUCUCUUUACCUCUGAAUUAUUGUUAUUUUUUGUCUAACUAACUGUGUGUGUGUGUGUGUGUUCCAGUGUCCGACAGCAGUGUGGUUGAAGGAGAGUCACAGGUUCAGAUGGGCCGGUUCAUCUCCUUCUUUCAGGUCAGUAUGAUGGAGUAAAACUGAGGAAUUACCUAGGGGGGAUUUAUUGUAGUUCUAGGAAUGUCCCUCCCUUUAUCUCUCCAUUUCUCCUCCUCAUCCUCUAUUUCUCUGCUGUAGGAGCUGUCCUGUUUUGUGUCGCGGUGCUUUGAGGUGGUGGUCAACAUUGUCCAUCAGCUGGCGGCACUCUACAACAGCAACAAGUAAGACAUGGACUCAUCUCGGCACCCAGAACCAAAUCUCAUAUGUGCGCCAACCACUAGACAUGGACACAUGCACACCCAUGCAGACACACACACAUUUACUGGAGCUUUAUAUUUACUCUUAUUCAUCUUUCAGGGGAGCCACAAAAAUCAUUGAGUCGUCCGGAGUUCAUUUUCAGACAGUGUAUGAGCACCUGGGGGAGCUGUUGGUGGUUCUACUCACUCUGGAUGAGAUCAUGGAGAAUCACGGCACCCUGAAAGACCACUGGAAGAUGUACAAGAGGUACGCACACACAAACAGACAGAUGCAUGAUGAUACACAGAAAGGUAAAGGAAAUAUAUGUAUUUAGUCUCUCUUCCUUCCUAGGUUACUGAAGUCAGUGCAUCAUAACCCUGGGAAGUUUGCCAUCCCAGAGGAGAAGCUGAAGCCAUUUGAGAAGCUGCUUCUGAAGCUCGAGGGACAGCUGCUGGACGGCAUGAUAUUCCAGGUGUGUACGCCCCUCAGUCCUUUCAUGUUGGUGACAUCACUUCCUGGUGAAGGAUACUUGGGUCUCAUUCAAUAUGCAUGACGGUUUCAGAUUUUUUUUCUGUACACCUUGCUGAAAGGGGGUACUACUGCUACUCCUGAACUCACCCAUGACGUUUCUGUCUGUCUGUGUGUAUGUUGGCCAGGCGUGUGUGGAGCAGAGGUUUGACGACCCAGGAGAGGGAGUGUCGGUCUCUAAAAACAGUGCCUUCGCUGAAGAGUUUGCCCUCAACAUCCGCACUAUAUUCACCAACGUGGAGUCCAAGAUCGGUCAGUCUCUUUGGUCAAUCUACAAUAGGCAUUGUACUGUAAAUGCAAAUACUGCGACUAGUACAGUCUUCUUUGCACAUUUCAGCAUUGUUGUUUACUGGACAGAAAAUGAAGGUCGAAAUCUUGUGUAUAUUUAGUUAGUUUGUGUCUCUGGGGUGUGUUUUUAGGCGAGCCCUCAGAGAUAGACCAGAGGGAUAAGUAUGCUGGGGUCUGUGGACUUUAUGUUCUUCACUUUCACGUCUUCAGAACUGUCGACAAGAAGCUCUACAAAGCCCUGCUAGACAUCUGCAAAAAGGUGUGUGUUUGACUUAAGGUUCUGUAGUUUUAUUUGUGUGUGUGAACAUACACUGAACAAAAAUAUAAACGCAACAUUAAAAAAAAUAUGUAAACAUGAAAAGUGUUGGUCACAUGUUUCAUGAGCUGAAAUAAAAUAUCCCAGAAAUUGUCCAUAUGCACAAAAAGCUUACUUCUCUAAAAUGUUUUGCACAAAUUUGCUUACAUCCCUUUUAGUGAGCAUUUCUCUUUUGCCAAGAUAAUCCAUCCACCUGACCGGUGUGGCAUAUCAAGAAGCUGAUUAAACAGCAUGAUCAUUACACAGGUGCACCUUGUACUGGAGACCAUAAAAAGCCACUCUAAAAUGUGUAGUUUUGCCACAGAUGUCUCAAGUUUUGAGGGAGUUUGUAAUUGGCGUGCUGACUAAAGGAAUGUCCACCAGAACUGUUGCCAGAUAAUUGAAUGUUCAUUGCUCUACCAUAAGCUGCCUCCAACGUCAUUUUAGAGAAUUUGGCAGUACGUCCAAUUGACCUCACAACUGCAGACCACGUGUAACCACGCCAGCCCAGGACCUCCACUUCCGGCUUCUUCACCUGCGGGAUGGUCUGAGACAAGCCACACGGACAGCUGAUGAAACUGUGGGUUUGCACAUCCGAAGAAUUUCUGCACAAACUGUCAGAAACCAUCUCAGGGAAGCUCAUCUGCGUGCUCGUCGUCCUCACCAGGGUCUUGACCUGACUGCAGUUUGGCGUUGUAACUUUGUGGGCAAAUGCUCACCUUCGAUGGCCACUGGCACGUUGGAGAAGUGUGCUCUUCACAGAUGGCAGACGUAUGGCGUCGUGUGGGCGAGUGGUUUGCUGAUGUCAACAUUGUGAAAAGAGUGCCCCAUGGUGUCGGUGGGAUUAUGGUAUGGGCUGGCAUAAGCUACGGACAACGAACACAAUUGCAUUUUAUCUAGUUCAAUUUGAAUGGAUAGAUAUACCGUGACGAGAUCCUGAGGCCCAUUGUCGUGCCAUUCAUCCGCCGCCAUCACCUCGUGUUUCAGCAUGAUAAUGCACGGUCCCAUGUCGCAAGGAUCUGUACAUAAUUUCUGGAAGUUGAAAAUGUCCCAGAUCUUCCAUAGCCUGCAUACUCACCAGACAUGUUACCCAUUGAGCAUGUUUGGGAUGCUCUGGAUCGACGUGUAUGACAGUGUGUUCCAGUUCCCGCCAAUAUCCAGCAACUUCGCACAGCUAUUGAAGAGGAGUGGGACAACAUUCCACAGGCCACAAUCAACAGCCUGAUCAACUCUAUGCGAAGGAGAUGUGUCACGCUGCAUGUUGCAAAUGGUGGUCACACCAGAUACUGACUGGUUUUCUGAUCCAUAUCUGUAUUCCCAGUCUUGUGAAAUCUAUAGAUUAGGGCCUAAUUUAUUUAUUUCAAUUGACUGAUUUCCUUAUAUGAACUGUAUCAGUAAAAUCUUUGAAAUUGUUACAGUGUAUUUAUCUUGUGAGAGUGCGGUGGUUUAACCCUUCUAAAUCCUCUCCCCUUUCUCUCCCUUCUAUCUCUCCAUUCUCUCAUCCUCUCUCCCUUCUCCUCUCCCCCUCUCUUCCUUCUCCCUUUUCUGUCUUUUCUCCCUCACUCCCUUCUCUUCUACCCUCUCUCCAUCUCUCUCCCUUCUCCUCUCCCCCCAGGUGCCUGCAGUGACUCUGACAUCUAACAUCAUCUGGUUCCCUGACACCUUCCUCAUGGCCAAGGUCCCGGCUGCAGCCAAGCUUAUGGACAAGAAGAGCGUUCAGAGCAUUAGAGCACAGAGAGACGCAUAUCUGCAGCAGAGAGCACAGACUCUCACCAAGUAGGUCCAUCAGUCAGUUCAUCACAUUUCCAAAAUUAGUUUUGCUUUAACCCCUUGAUUACAGUUGAGCAUGAGGGUAGUCAUAGUCUGUUUCCUGUGUCCUCGGAGUUAACAUAUACAUACAGUGCCUUCGGAAUAUUAUUCAGACCCCUUGUCUUUUUCCACAUUCUGUUACGUCAUAGCCUUAUUCUAAAAUGAAUUAAAUAAAUAAAAAUAUUCAGAAAUCUACACACAAUAUCCCAUAAUGACAAAGCGAAAAUAGGUUUUUAGAACUUUUUGCAAAUGUAUACAAAAUUUAAACAGAAAUACCUUAUUUACAUAAGUAUUCAGACCCUUUGUGAUGAGAUUGGAAAUUGAGCUCAGGUGCAUCCUGUUUCCAUGGAUCAUCCUUGAGAUGUUUCUACAACUUGAUUGGAGUCCACCUGUGGUAAAUUCAAUUGAUUGGACAUGAUUAGCAAAGGCACACACCUGUCUAUAUAAAGGUCCCACAGUUGACAGUCAAUGUCAGAGCAAAAACCAAGCCAUGAGGUCGAAUGAAUUGUCUGUAGAGCUCCGAGACAGCAUUGUGUCGAGGCACAAAUCUGAGGAAGGGUACCAAAAAAUGUCUGCAGCAUUGAAGGUCCCCAAGAACACAGUGGCCUCCAUCAUUCUUAAAUGGAAGAAGUUUGGAACCACCAAGACUCUUCCUAGAGCUGGCCGACCGGCCAAACUGAGCAAUCGGGGGAGAAGGACCUUGGUCAAGGAGGUGACCAAGAACCCAAUGGUCACUCUGACAUAGCUCUAGAGUUCCUCUAUGGAGAUGGGAGAACCUUCCAGAAGUACAACCAUCUCUGCAGCACUCCACCAAUCAGGCCUUUAUGGUAGAGUGGCCAGAUGGAAGCCACUCCUCAGUAAAAGGCACAUGACAGCCCGCUUGGAGUUUGCCAAAAGGCACAUAAAGACUCUCAGACCAUGAGAAACAAGAUUCUCUGGUCUGAUGAAACCAAGAUUUAACUAUUUGGCCUGAAUGCCAAGCGUCACGUCUGGAGGAAACCUGGCACCAUCCCUACGGUGAAGCAUGGUGGUGGCAGCAUCAUGCUGUGGGGAUGUUUUUCAGCGGCAGGGACUGGGAGACUAGUCAGGAUCGAGGCAAAGAUGAACGGAGCAAAGUACAGAGAGAUCUCCGGUCCACAGGACAACGAACCUAAGCACACCCCAUCCAACCUGAUAGAGCUUAAGAGGAUCUGCAGAGAAGAAUGGGAGAAACUCCCCAAAUACAGGUGUGCCAAGCUUGUAGCGUCAUACCCAAGAAGAAUCAAGGCUGUAAUCACUGCCAAAGGUGCUUUAAACAAGUACUGAGUAAAGGGUCUGAAUACUUAUGUAAAUGUCAUAUUUCAAUUUUUUAUUUGUAAUAAAUUUGCAAAAAUGUCAUUUGUCAUUAUGGGGUAUUGUGUGUAGAUUGUUGAGGGGGAAGAAAACAAUUGAAUCCAUUUUAGAUAAGGCUGUAACGUAACAAACUGUGGAAAAGGUCCAGGGGUCUGAAUACUUUCCGAAGGCACUGUAUAUGAUCUAUUAUCUCUCCCUGUCAGGGAUGUUCAGUCUUACUACGUGUUUGUGACGUCCUGGAUGAUGAAGAUGGAGGCCAUCUCGUCGAAGGAGCAGCGCAACGACAAGCUGUCAGAGGAACUCAGUAGCAGGUGUAACAUCUUUGUGCAGGUGUGGACUGACGUUAUUAACUAACCUUUCAGAAACUGCUCAAACAGUACCAGGGGGAUGAUUUUAUGUCAUAUUAUCUUCCAUGUCUCCCCUGCAGGGUAUCCUGUAUGCCUACAGUAUCGGCACCAUCAUCAAGACUACCAUGAACCUGUACAUGUCCAUGCAGAGACCCAUGACCAAGGCCUCCGUCAAAGCCCUCUGCAGACUGGUCGAGCUGCUCAAGGUGUGUGUGUGUGCGUGCUAAUUUAUUGUUGUGCAUUAUGAUAAAUAACUAUAGAUCAAACAUUGUGAAUGUAUCAAACACAACAGUUGAAUGAGGUGUGAUGUGACUUCCUCCCUGGUCAGGCAGUGGAGCACACGUUCCACAGGCGGUCCAUGGUGGUGGCCGACUCUGUCUCCCACAUAACCCAGCACCUGCAGUCCCAGGCCCUCAGCUCCAUCGGCACCGCUAAGGUAAACACUACUCUCAUCUCAAUUCAGGAUAUUUAUUGUGUAGGGAAAUUCAAUUUACAGCCAGGAGAUUACAGAAAUGCAACAUUUAUACACCUUAUAUUCACAUCUGACAAAGAAACACAUUUCUAUAAUUUCUCCCAUCAGUUUGAAUAUGUUUCUCUUCUGUAGAAAAGGGUGAUCUCUGACAAGAAGUACAGCGAGCAGCGUCUGGAUGUGCUGUCAUCACUGGUGAUGGCAGAGAAUGCUCUCAAUGGGCCCAGCACUAAAGAGCGCCGCCUAGUGGUUUCCCUGGCACUCAGUGUGGGAACACAGAUGGUACGACCAUUGAUCAAGUUUCUUCUGCCUAGGGUUGCAAAAGUCCAGUAAUUUUCUUAACAUUUCCAGGUUUUCCAAAAAUCCCAGUUGGAAUUUUCCUGGAAUCAGGAGGGAUUAAGCAGGAAAUCCAGGAAUCCUCCAACUGGGAAUUCAUGAAAAUCUCGGAAUUUGGGGAAAAUUAAAUGUGAACUGACAUGUAUGUUAUGUUGUGAUGGUAACUUCCUCCAAAUUAUUCCAGAAAACCUUCAAAGACGAGGAGUUGCUCCCACUGCAGCUGGUGCUAAAGAAGCUGGACCUGAUCAGUGAGCUCAAGGAGAGGUGAGGGGAACACACGGCCUGGGAAAUCCCACUGAGCUAAAGCCUAGGCAUUAGCUAUAGGACCUAACACAAGUCUUCAGUUCUAUUUUAGCAAACUAAAAACCCAGGAAAACACCUGAAACCUAAGUGAAUUAAUAUGAAUGUGAUGUACCGGUAUCUAAUAUACCACUGUUCACUGAUCAGGGUGAAGGUCCAGUGUGACUGUAGUUUCCUGUACUGGCACAGAGCUGUAUUUCCGAUCUACCUGGAUGAUGUGUACGACCACGCUGUAGAUGCUGCACGGAUACACGUAAGCACUGAACGCACCUCUAUUCUCUCAGCGUCAAGAGAUAUCCUUACUCUCACUUUCAUAGCAUACUAGCCAUAAAGAUUGUGAACUGCCAGCACUUCUCUACCAACAUGUAGCUCGCUGUUCUGCUUCUCAUUGGUUCCUGUUGUCUCUCUUGAUGCAUUGAUUGGUCCGCUUGGCUGUCCCUUCUCCUGGUUGUUGGAUAUGAUUCGCCGGACCUGGUGUCGCUCCUCCCCAUGGCUGUUUAUGAUUGGCUGAUGCAGUACAUGUUCAGCGCCCUGAGGGACAGCGUGCCCACCAUGCUUCACGCUAAACACAUGGAGUCAUGUGACCAGCUACUGGAGAGCUACGACACCGAGAUCAUGGAGGUGUUCAAUGAGGUGAGGAGAGAGGGAGGAGAGAGGUGAGAUGGGGUGGGUUAGGGUAGGUCUGAAAAUCUGUAUACAGUGAGGGAAAAAAGUAUUUGAUCCCCUGCUGAUUUUGUAUGUUUGCCCACUGACAAAGACAUGAUCAGUCUAUAAUUUUAAUGGUAGGUUUAUUUGAACAGUGAGAGACAGAAUAACAACAAAAAUAUCCAGAAAAACGCAUGUCAAAAAUGUUAUAAAUUGAUUUGCAUUUUAAUGAGGGAAAUAAGUAUUUGACCCCUCUGCAAAACAUGACUUGGUGGCAAAACCCUUGUUGGCAAUCACAGAGGUCAGAUGUUUCUUUUAGUUGGCCACCAGGUUUGCACACAUCUCAGGAGGGAUUUUGUUCCACUCCUCUUUGCAGAUCUUCUCCAAGUCACUAAGAUUUUGAGGCUGACGUUUGGCAACUCGAACCUUCAGCUCCCUCCACAGAUUUUCUAUGGGAUUAAGGUCUGGAGACUGGCUAGGCCACUCCAGGACCUUAAUGUGCUUCUUCUUGAGCCACUCCUUUGUUGCCUUGGCCGUGUGUUUUGGGUCAUUGUCAUGCUGGAAUACCCAUCCACGACCCAUUUUCAAUGCCCUGGCUGAGGGAAGGAGGUUCUCACCCAAGAUUUGACGGUACAUGGCCCCGUCCAUCGUCCCUUUGAUGCGGUGAAGUUGUCCUGUCCCCUUAGCAGAAAAACACCCCCAAAGCAUAAUGUUUCCACCUCCAUGUUUGACGGUGGGGAUGGUGUUCUUGAGGUCAUAGGCAGCAUUCCACCUCCUCCAAACACGAGUUGAGUUGAUGCCAAAGAUCUCGAUUUUGGUCUCAUCUGACCACAACACUUUCACCCAGUUCUCCUCUGAAUCAUUCAGAUGUUCAUUGGCAAACUUCAGACAGGCCUUUAUAUGUGCUUUCUUGAGCAGGGGGACCUUGCGGGCGCUGCAGGAUUUCAGUCCUUCACUGCGUAGUGUGUUACCAAUUGUCUUCUUGGUGACUAUGGUCCCAGCUGCCUUGAGAUCAUUGACAAGAUCCUCCCGUGUAGUUCUGGGCUGAUUCCUCACCGUUUUCAUGAUCAUUGCAACUCCACGAGGUGAGAUCUUGCAUGGAGCCCCAGGCCGGGGGAGAUUGACAGUUCUUUUGUGUUUCUUCCAUUUGCGAAUAAUCGCACCAACUGUUGUCACCUUCUCACCAAGCUGCUUGGCGAUGGUGUUGUAGCCCAUUCCAGCCUUGUGUAGGUCUACAAUCUUGUCCCUGACAUCCUUGGAGAGAUCUUUGGUCUUGGCCAUGGUGGAGAGUUUGGAAUCUGAUUGAUUGAUUGCUUCUGUGGACAGGUGUCUUUUAUACAGGUAACAAGCUAAGAUUAGGAGCACUCCCUUUAAGAGUGUGCUCCUAAUCUCAGCUCGUUACCUGUAUAAAAGACACCUGGGAGCCAGAAAUCUUUCUGAUUGAGAGGGGGUCAAUUACUUAUUUCCCUCAUUAAAAUGCAAAUCAAUUUAUAACAUUUUUGACAUGCAUUUUUCUGGAUUUUUUUGUUGUUAUUCUGUCUCUCACUGUUCAAAUACACCUACCAUUAAAAUUAUAGACUGAUAAUUUCUUUGUCAGUGGGCAAACGUACAAAAUCAGCAGGGGAUCAAAUACUUUUUUCCCUCACUGUAUAUUCCCUGUAUAAAUCCCACCUUCCCCCAUCUCUUUCCACACCCCUCCAUCUCCCACCCUUCAUCACUCCCCCUUCUCAGCACCUGUUGGACAAGCUGUGUAAAGAGAUAGAGAAGGACCUGCGUCUGUCUGUCCACACACACCUGAAGCUGGACGACAGGAACCCCUUCAAGGUGGGCAUGAAGGACCUGGCCCACUUCUUCUACCUCAAACCCAUCCGCUUCUUCAACCGCUUCAUACACAUUAAAGGUAGCUGCGCACUGCACUGGAUGGGCCCCUGGGAUAUAGCACUGUGGUGUGUUUGUGUGUGUGUGGUUUUCAUGUCCUUUACCAUGAUGUGUGUGUGUGUGGGGGGGAUGAUAUAUGUGUGUGGUUUUCAUGUCCUUUACCAUAAUGUGUGUUCAGUCUGUUCUAUGCAUGUUUGUUUGUGUGUCUUUGUCUCAGAGUAUGUCUCACAGUGUGUGUGUCGUCCCCACAGCUUAUGUGACUCACUACCUGGAUAAGACAUUCUAUAACCUGACCACGGUGGCUCUGCAUGACUGGGCCACCUACAGCGAGAUGAGGAACCUGGCUACACAGCGCUACGGACUCAUGAUGACAGAGGCACACCUACCCAGCCAGACCCUAGAACAGGUGGUGGUGUUUGUAGAGAGAUGUUGGUAGAGAGAGAGAGUGUGGGUAGAGAGAGAGUGUGGGUAGAGAGAGAGUGUGGGUAGAGAGAGAGUGUGGGUAGAGAGAGAGUGUGGGUAGAGAGAGAGUGUGGGUAGAGAGAGAGUGUGGGUAGGAGAGAGUGUGGGUAGAGAGAGAGUGUGGGUAGAGAAGGUGUAGGUAGAGAGAGUGUGGUGUGUGUGGAAGAGAGAGGGUGUAGCUGGUGAGAGUGGUGGGUGAGGAGUGGGGUAGAGAGAGUGUGUGGGUAGAGAGAGUGUGUGGGUAGAGAGAGUGUGUGGGUAGAGAGAGUGUGUGGGUAGAGAGAGUGUGUGGGUAGAGAGAGUGUGUGGGUAGAGAGAGUGUGUGGGUAGGAGAGUUGUGGGUAGGAGGUGUGUGGGUAGGAGAGUGUGGGGUAGAGAGAGUGGUGUGGGUAGGAGUAAGAGGGGGGGGUGAGGAGAGGAGAGUGAGAGAGGUUGGCGUGGGGGUAGUUAGGAGAGGAGGAGACAGAGGGGGAGAGUAGAGAGGGGAUGAGAGAGUGAGAGGGUUGGGGGGGGAGGAGGAGACGAGAGAGAGGAGACGGUGGGGUGGGGAUGAGAGAGAGAGAGAGGAGGAGGGGCUGGGGGGAGGAGAGGAGUGAGAGAAGAGGAGAGGAGGGUGGGGGGGGGGGAGAGAGAGAGAGUGAUGGGGGGGAGAGACGAGAGAGAGGUGGGGGGGGAGAGAGAGAGAGGUGUGUGGGGGCGGGCGGCGAUGUGGGGUGGCGCGGCCGCGGUGUGGGGUGGGCGCGAGCGCGGCUGUCGGGGGGCGCGCGCAGAGGCGCGUGUGUGGGGGGGAGCGUGGUGUGGGGGGAGAGCGGGUGUGUGGGGGGGACAGGCGAGCGUGUGUGGGGGGGGCGCUUGAGAUGGGUGAGAGAGAUUUGGUGUGAUUGUGUGGUCAUUUGAAAUGAAGUCAUGCUCGCAGAUCAGGAUUCAAUACUGAACUGGCUUUUUCCGCGCUAUGGCCACCUUUUAAAGGCAAAUGUUUAGCCGGGAGACUGCAUUCAUGGUAAAAGCUGCAUAGGCUAUGUCGGCUAAAUCGGAAAUGACCUUUAAAUAGCUCAUAGUCGACACAGGCCAGGAUUCAAUCAAAUAGCGCUGUGUCCUUUUGCUCUGGCCAGGGACUGGACGUGUUGGAGAUAUGAGGAACAUCCAUGUGUUUGUGUCCCGCUAUCUCUACAACCUCAACAACCAGGUAAGAGGUCUCUCUUCCCUGUCUGUCCUGUCUGUUUCACCUGUCCUGUAUGUCUAAACUGUCCUGUCCUGUCUGUCUCACCUGUCUGUCUGUCCCUCAGAUCUUCAUCGAGAAGACAAGCAACAACAAGCACCUGAACACCAUCAACAUCCGCCACAUCGCCAACUCCAUCCGCACCCACGGCACGGGCAUCAUGAACACCACAGUCAACUUCACCUACCAGUUCCUGAGGAAGAAGUUCUACAUCUUCAGUCAGUUCAUGUACGAUGAGCACAUAAAGUCCAGACUCAUCAAAGACAUACGCUUCUUCAGGGAGACCAAAGACCAGUCAGACCAGAAGGUAACGGGGCCUCACUUCACCUUUUCAGCUGUGUGGAAAAACCUGUUGUGAAGUCAUACAUUCAUGGCCAGUCUUUCCCUUUAGAUUAUAGAAUUGAAGAACUAGUCACGAAAGGCUCCGGUUUUAAAAACAAACAGGAGUGUUGCUCCUGGACUGACAUUUCCUCUGACUGUAUCACUAUAUAUGUAUGUUUGUGAUCUAGUACCCGUUUGAGAGGGCAGAGAAGUUUAACCGUGGCAUCAGGAAGCUUGGCAUCACCCCAGACGGGCAGAGUUACCUGGACCAGUUUAGACAACUCAUUAGCCAGAUCGGUAAUGCCAUGGGCUACGUGCGCAUGAUCCGCUCUGGAGGACUCCACUGUUGCAGCAGCGCCAUCAGGUACCAGACACAGGGCAUUAAUAGUAUGUUAUAACACUUUAAGAUAUGGAAUGUUCUACUCUGUUUGUGUUUCCCAGGUUUGUCCAAGCUUGGAGAUUUAGUACUGUAAGGGUUGUGGGUAAUGUAGUUCUUGGAGAUGUAGUACUGUAAAGGGGGUUGUGGGUAAUGUAGUUUUAUAGUAAAUGGUGAGCCAUAGACCCACUUGUGUAUUGUGUGUUUCCCAGGUUUGUCCCUGACCUGGAGGAUAUAGUGAACUUUGAGGAGCUGGUGAAGGAGGAGGGGCUUUCAGAGGAGACCCAGAAAGCUGCCAGGUAUGCUUGUGUGUGUGCACCUGAUGUAUUUCAAUUCACACAGAUUUAACCAAAACAAUUGCUCUCUGUGGGGUAAAUAAAGGUUUCUUAUCUCUUCUGAAUGUGUCUUCCUCUCAGCCUUCUGGACUCUGUGCUGGGGGAUCUGACCAGUAACUCUGCCGAGGGGACAGAGUACUUCAAGAUGCUGGUGGGAGUGUUCGCCCCCGAGUUCCGCAGCAUCAAGAACAUGCACCUGAGAAACUUCUACAUGAUCGUACCUCCUUUGGUGUGUCCUUUCACUCCUCUCUCUAUUCAUCUUUCACUCAUGUCUGAGCACUUCGUCUCUGUUCGUUGGUCUGUCUGUCAGGCUUUCACCCAGCUCUGUGAGCAGUCUGUCCAUCCCUCUCUCUUCAUUUGUCAACUCCUCUCCUUUGGGAUCUAUUCUCUCCUUUACGUGUAUCUGUUUAUCUAUCGGUCUCUCUCCCUGUCCAUCUCGCUUUCUGUUCUAAAGCGGCUAUACCUUCUCUUAUACAACCUCUCCUUUCCUCUCCUUCAGACAGUGAAUUUUGUUGAGCACUCCAUCGGCUGCAAGGAGAAACUCAACAAGAAGAACAAAGUAGGGGCAGCCUUCACAGACGAUGGCUUUGCCAUGGGUGAGUCAUUGUGUUAUGAUCUUUCACAGAUCACUGUAUGUAGUAGGAUAGGAUUAAACUUUCACAUUGGUUGUUGAUGAUUUUCACUGAUCUUUGUUAUCUCACCCUCAUCUCUCUCCCUUCCUUCCUUCCUCUUCUCCCCUCCUCUUUCUCCUUCCUCCCUCUCCAACCUCCCCUCUCCCUCCUACACUUCCCUCUCCAACCUCCCCUCUCCCUCCUACCCUUCCCUCUCCAACCUCCCCUCUCCCUCCCUCCUCCCUCUCCCAACCUCCCCGUCUCCCUCUCCCUCCCCUCCCUCUCCAACCUCCCUCUCGCCCCCCACCCCCCCUCUCCCUCCCUCCUCCCUCUCCCUCCUCCCCCUCCUCUCCACCUGCCGCCGUCUCCCUCCCCCUCCCUCUCCCUCCUACCCCUCCCUCUCCAACCUCCCCUCUCCCUCCUACCCGUCCCCUCUCCCUCCUACCCCUCCCUCUCCCUCCCAUCCCCCCCUCUCCCUCACUCCUACCCCUCCCUGUCCCUCCCUCACCCCCUCUCCCUCCUACUACCUCCCUCUCCAUCCGUCCCUCCCUCUCCCUCCACCCCUCCCCUCCCCUCUCCCUCCUACCCCUCCCUCUCCUACCUCUUCCCUCUCCUGCCCCAGGUGUGGCCUACAUCCUGAAGCUGCUGGACCAGUACUUGGAGUUUGACUCCCUCCACUGGUUCCAGGCGGUCAGGGAGAAGUACAUGAAGGAGAUGAGUGCUGUGGUGAAGGAACAGAACGUCCAGGCCACCAGCCAGGAUGAGAAGCUCCUGCAGACCAUGAACCUCACCCAGAAGAGGCUGGACAUCUACCUGCAGGUACAUGUCUGACCACUGACCUCAUAUCUAGGAUUAGAUUAUUCAACCUCAAGUCUUAGCUUUGACCAUCAUGAGGGUUUGACAAUAUCUGAUCCUGGGACAGUAACCUACCUACUGCUGCAAAAGGAGAGGAGGGGGAAUAUGAGCUUGGCAGCUUUGUAUGUAAGACACUGAAAUAAUCAAUUCAACCAAUCAAUCACUAAUGCCCCCUCUCUGUUGUCUCCUUUAGGAGUUUGAACUGCUUCACUUCUCCUUGAGCAGCGCUCGGAUCUUCUUCAGGGCUGACAAGACGGCCGCAGAGGAGACCCAGGAGAGGAAGGACAGAGGUCAGGGGUCAUGAGGGCGGGCAGGUAGCCUAGCGGUUAGAGUGUUGGGCCAGUUACCGAAAGGUUGCUUGUUCGAAUCCCAGAGCUGACUAGGUGGAAAAAUCGUUCGAUCUGCCCUUGAGCAAGGCAUUUAACCCUAAUUGCUCCAGGGUCGCUGGCCGUGAUCCCUGGCCGUGACCCCACUCUCCGGGGGAGUGGGAUAUGCAAAAAACUAAUUGCCAUUUCACACCACACACAUGUACAUGUGUGAAACAGGACAAAUAUAAGCGCCCCCCCCCUAUUUGACCUUUUGAGGAGGGGUCACUGGGGGAGGUCAAUCUGGUUUCCAUGGAAACCACUCUGUUUUUGUUUAAUUUUCUAUUUUACCUUUAUUUAAACAGGGAGUCACCAUUGAGACCAGGGUCUCUUUCGCAACGGAGCCCGGCACAUACAAUUCUUGUGACAAAAUCAGAUCAGUGCAAAAACAAAUUAAAAUACAGCAGAAAAAACGAUCAAGAAAAAGAAAACAGCCACAUUCCUCAGCAAAUAGUUCUCCAAUCUAUAUUUUGUGGAGGAGAGAUGUAGAAAUACAUUUUCAAUUCAUGUAAUGAUGGUUGUGCAAGUUGUGUUUUGCAUAGUGUCUUUAUGGAGAGUACCAAAGCACUUUACAGGAAGAUUAGCUGAUGUUAUGCCAUCAGCUAAUGGGGAAAGCUUUAAAUCUUGUGGAAUAAUGUUAUGUAAAAAUGACCGUCUUUAUUUCUGUCUUUCAGAAGUGGCUGCCAAAGCAGUGCCCACCUGUACAGAUGGCUCUGAACUUCUAAAAGACUUCUAAGGGACACUCAUGACUUCAUAGGUCAGAGUUCAAAUAUCAGUGCUGGGACUAAUCUGGAGCACAGGGGCACGCCACUGGAUGGAGAGGAGGAUAAGGUGGGGGAAAAACGGGCAGAAGACUACUGUCAUGUCCUGUGAUAUAACAGUGAAAGUAGAAGACUGGAGUGUGUUCCUAGAGACAUGGAAGCCCCCCUUAGCAGGAAACGGGACAAUGAUGGAGAAAGAUCCAUUCUUUGCCCCUGAACUGCUGGUCCUUUGUGUUCUAGAUGGGUCCUGGGAGGCUCUGGUGAGAGAGGCAGAGAGGGUUCUAGUAAUGAUUUGCUUCAUGUGAUUCUGGUCUCAUGUCUGCAAAGCAUCUCAUGAUUAUGUCCCCAUGGAGGUGUCGCAUCAUUAAUAAAAUGGCAUCUCUUUCUCAAUCGCUCAAACACACGCUCUUCUCUCUGUUGUCUGUCUCUUUCUCUGAUUAGCUACUUUGUAGCUUUUAACUGGACUGCUUCUUAUCAUUUAUUUUGGGGGAUGAGUAGUGAAUGUCAGGCAAAAUGUUAUUUCUUUUCUGUGGCUACAUUUGAUUGGUUAUAAUAAAUAAAUAAUGAGAGAGAGAGACAGCGAGAUAUGUCAGCAGACUGUUUACUCAGCCUGAAUAGACUAGAUGUCCAGUGGCACAACAGGCCAGAGAUAUGAUCAAAUCAGCAGCUCUGUAAUUAAUGACUCCGAUAUCGGGGAGAUGAUGUGUAAUCAAUUACGUUGAUUGAUGGAUUUGUAUCUGUGUGUACAUGUUACUUUCCACUUUUGGUUCUCAGACAUAAUGCUGAAACUCACGUCUUAAUCCUAACAUUUAUCUGCUACCUCUUCUGCAGUGCUGACAUCAUAGCCUGUGUCCGUGUAAUGUUGAGCAUCACAAUGAAUGAACACACAAUAAUCGGAUGUUCUUGCAGAAGAGAAGAGUGAUUUGUUGUGGUAGCUGGAUUCUCUGUAGUGUCUCCAUAGAAUAUUAUGAUGAUGUGUGUGCAUCACAUUUGACUUCAUGAAUGUUUUCAAAGUGCAAAGACAGACAUGACUUGAGUUGAAAUGCCAAGGUAGACAUUUUAUGUUUAUAUGAAAUUCUAUUGGAUUUCACUCCUUGCCAUUGUGAUUUUCUUUAAGUUCAGGCCAGGGUGCCUUUUUGAUUGUUCAAUGAUGACUCAUAUUGUGUAUGUUUCUAGACAUAAAAUACUGGUUGAACAUGCCAAGUCAUGAUGUCAUAGGGCCCUGUGUUUUGGGCAAUCAUGUAACAUGACCUGGAUUUUAACCUUUAU